CUGAGGUCACCCCAUCCAGGGAAGGUCAACCGAUAGAGGGUGAAGAAAUAAUCUAUUGGGAAGAAAUAAUCUAUUGGGUUAAAAUGAUCUAAUGGGAAGAAAUAAUCUAUUGGGAAGAAAUAAUCUAUAGGAUUGAAAUAAUCUAUUGGGAAGAAAUAAUCUAUUGGGAAGAAAUAAUCUAUUGGGAAAUAAAUAAUCUAUUGGGAAAUAAAUAAUCUAUUGGGAAGAAAUCAUCUAUUGGGAAAUAAAUAAUCUAUUGGGAAGAAAUAAUAUAUUGGGAAGAAAUAAUAUAUUGGGCAGAAAUAAUCCCUCUUUUCCAGAGAAAUCUUUUGGGUUUUGCAGCCAUGGUCACAACAAAAUAGCGUCGCUGAGUUUCCACCGGUAGGCAAUGUUUUGAAAGGUCUCUCUCUCUCCUUCUUCUUCGUAUUUGACAGCUAUCAAAAUACUGAACGCAUUUCAUAAGAAAUAUCGACCUUUACUUGCUAUUUUGUUGUUGUUGUUGUUGUGGUACCUGUUGGUUUGCCUGUCUGCGAUGCGAUGGUGUCCAGAGUAAAGGCUAAUGCUAGUUAGCUAGUUAAGUAGCUAUAAAGCACGCUAGUUAAAUAGCUAUAAACGCGCUAGUUAGCUAGUUAAGUAGGUGUAAACACGCUAGUUAAAUAGCUAUAAACACGCUAGCUAGCUAGUUAGUUAAGUAGCUAUAAACACGCUAGCUAGCUAGUUAAGUAGCUAUAAGCACUCUUGUUAGCUAGUUAAGUAGCUAUAAGCACUCUAGCUAGUUAAGUAGCUAUAAGCACUCUAGUUAUCAAGUUAAGUAGCUAUAAGCACUCUAGUUAUCAAGUUAAGUAGCUAUAAGCACUCUAGUUAUCUAGUGAAGUAUAUAUAAGCACUCUAGUUAGCUAGGUAAGUAGCUAUAAGCACUCAACUAACUAGCUAGCUAGCUAAAGUACCUAUAAGCACUCUAGCUAGUUAUUUAAGUAGCUAUAAGCACUCUAGCUAGCUAGCUAGUUAGUUAAGUAGCUAUAAGCACUCUAGCUAGCUAGUUAAUUAGCUUUAAGCACUCUAGCUAGCUAGUUAAGUAGCUAUAAGCACUCUAGUUAUCAAGUUAAGUAGCUAUAAGCACUCUAGUUAGCUAGUUAAAUAGCUAUAAGCACUCUAGUUAGCUAGGUAAGUAGCUAUAAGCACUCAACUAACUAGCUAGCUAGCUAAAUUACCUAUAAGCACUCGAGCUAGUUAUUUAAGUAGCUAUAAGCACUCUAGCUAGCUAGUUAAUUAGCUUUAAGCACUCUAGCUAGCUAGUUAAGUAGCUAUAAGCACUCUAGCUAGCUAGUUAAGUAGCUAUAAGUACGCUAGCUAGCUAGUUAAGUAGCUAUAAGUACACUAGCUAGCUAGUUAAGUAGCUAUAAACACUAGCUAGAUAAUUAAGUAGCUAUAAGCACUCUAGUUAGCUAUUUAAGUAGAUGUAAGCACGCUAGCUAGCUAGUUAAGUAGCUAUAAGCACUCUAGCUAGUUAAGUAGCUAUAAGCACUCUAGCUAGCUAGCUAAUUAAGUAGCUAUAAGCACUCUAGCUAGCUAGCUAGUUAAGUAGCUAUAAUCACUCUAGCUAGCUAGUUAAGUAGCCAUAAGCACUAUAGCUAGCUAGUUAAGUAUUUAUAAGCACUCUAGCUAGCUAGCUAAGUAGCUAUAAGCACUCUAGCUAGCUAGCUAGUUAAGUAGCUAUAAACACUCUAGCUAGCUAGUUAAGUAGCUAUAAGCACUCUUGUUAGCUAGUUAAGUAGCUAUAAACACUCUAGUUAGCUAUUUAAGUAGCUAUACACACUCUAGUUAGCUAUUUAAGUAGCUAUAAACACUCUAGUUAGCUAUUUAAGUAGCUAUAAACACUCUAGCUAGUUAGAUAAGUAGAUAUAAGCACUCUAGCUAGUUAGAUAAGUAGCUAUAAGCACUCUAGCUAGUUAGAUAAGUAGCUAUAAGCACGCUAGCUAGUUAGAUAAGUAGCUAUAAACACGCUAGCUAGUUAGAUAAGUAGCUAUAAGCACGCUAGCUAGCUGCCAUGGGAGAAAGCAGUCCGCCGUCUCCGACGCUGCACUUGGAUCUCGACAACUUUGAUACGACGGACGCCGAGGACAGCACGUAUGUUUUAACCAGUCCGCGGUCGUUGGAAUCAUGUGCAAGACUCGGCGUCAAACCCAUUCAACUUUUAAUAAAAUCUCUAAGCGAUUUCGUUGAUGACAACGUAAACCCAGAUAUCCCGUUUAAGGCACUGACAGUUCUGUACGAGGCGUACGAAAAGGAAGGCAGGGGGAUUUUGCAGCUGUGCCGUGAAGAGAGAGAGAAGAUUGUUUUAGAAACGAAAGAAAGACGACCGUCUCUUAAACUGUCUGCCCUCGAAACUGUCGUCGAGGUAGAAAGUCGGAACUCUCUCGAAGAUCCCAAAUCAAGAAAGGACUCCUGUGAUGGUUUGAGAACGCAAACUAAUCAAUCUGUGGACCACAGCCCCAGAAGGAAAUCUGUGAGCAAUGGCAGGUCCUCUUAUUCUGCUGCGAUCACCAGAAAACAAAACAGAAACAGCUUGAGACCAACUGACAAGAACAUGAUGGUGUCCAGCCUAAGUCUUGGUGACCUCCGACACUCCCCAGCCACAGAAAGACAGUUGGAGAGGCUCACUCGAGACGUCAGGAAGAAGAUGAAUGUCACAGUCCCAGAGAAAGACCGUAAGAUAGCUGCUCUGAUGUUGGUGAAGCACCAAGAGAAGCAGACCAGGCUGAUGCUGAGCCAGCAGGAGGAGCAGGAGAGAGAGGAGGCCCGGAGGCAGGAGGAGGUGCGACGGGUCCAGGCGGAGCGCAGGAGGAAGAAGGAGCUGGAGAAGAGCAUGCAGCGGUGGCAGGAUGGGCUGGAGGCGCGGAGGAGGCAGAAGGAGCGCCAGGAGAAGGAGUUGGCCGGUCAGCGCGAGCAGGAGGUGCUACUGCAGGAGGAUCGCUGGAGGAGGCUCACAGAGGAGCAGGAGGUGCGGAAAAGAGACAAGAAAGAGAUGGCGAGGAGAGAAGCGGAGGAGCGCAAAUGCCUCCAGGAGCAGCUGCUUAAAGACAUGGAGCGUCUGGAGCAGGCAGGGAGAGAGAAGGAGGUGCAGCUGUCACAGGAGAAGGAGCAGAGGGCCAGAAGGAGCAGGGUGAUCCGAGAGAGGAGGGAGAGGAUGAGGCUCCAACAGGAGAACCAGGGGGAGCAUCUCAGAUGCCUCCUCCUGAAGAGGGAGGUGCAGCAGCAGUUGGAGGAGGAGGAGGCGCUGAUGAGGAGUGCCCUGGAGGAGAAACUGCAGCGCUCCUGGGAGAAGAGGGCCCAGGCAGUGGCGUUGCGCCUCAGGGAGCUGCAGGAGAAAUCGGCCAGGGAGGAGGAGCAGAUCCAGAGGGCCCAGCUCCGAGCCUCCUGGCACAGCCAACAGCAGCUCAGAGAGAAAGAGGUACUGGCCCAGCUGAGUCAGCGUCGUAUGGAGCAGGCAAGCCAGAACGCUCACACCCAGAGGAGGAGCAGGGCACAGCGGGCACAGCAGGAAAACAUGGAGAGACUCCUCUGCCACCAGCGCCUCCUAGACAGUGUACAGAGAGAGGAGGAGACUGAGAGGCAGCUGAGAGAAUGCUGCCUCUCCCUGAAGGAGCGUCGGAGGGAGCGUCUGCAGAGGCAGAGAGAGGAGGUGCAGGAGGAGGCUCGUAGAGUGGCUCGCGCCUCCUUCCAUAUGAGGGAGAAAGUGAGGGAGGCGACGGACGGCAGGACUUUCCACCAGAUGGCUCUGCAGGCUCAGCUAGCUGCCUCCCUGCUGGACCGUGGAAAAAUAUGAACAUUCAUCUGUGUUUUUACAUUCAGCACGACACACAAAUACUAAGAGUUGUAUUACAAACCACUACACACAAAUACUAAGAGUAGUAUUACAAACCACUACACACAAAUACUAAGAGUAAUAUUACAAACCACUACACACAAAUACUAAGAGUAGUAUUACAAACCAUUACACACAAAUACUAAGAAUCGUAUUACAAACCACUACACACAAAUACUAAGAGUCAUAUUACAAACCACUACACACAAAUACUAAGAGUAGUAUUACAAACCAUUACAUACAAAUACUAAGAAUCGUAUUACAAACCACUACACACAAAUACUAAGAGUCAUAUUACAAACCACUACACACAAAUACUAAGAGUAGUAUUACAAACCACUACACACAAAUACUAAGAGACGAGUACAAAUUGAUAGGGCCCGGUCCAGAUAUGAGCUACAACAAAGCUUGUAAAUGGCCUGGGCUGUUUUGCUACAUUCAUGUUUGUUAUGUUAAUACCUGGGAUUCUUAUCAUUCUUCCAUUGGCAAGUAAAUAGGAGGUGCUCCUUCUGAAACAACAGAUCUAUUGAGGUAUUCUGCAACGUGUUUGUAUUGCUGUCUAAGGGAAUGAUUAGCUUAGACUAGUUUAGGUAACUUGCUGAUAUCAAUGUGACUUGCGGACAAUCCUGGUCUUGAAUGUAGGCCGGACCUAGAUUUAACUACACACAUAAAAUAUACCGUCUCUGGGAAUAGUUAUGGUAUAGUAAAUAUGUACUGUAGUUCUAUUGUAGUUGUACUGUAUUUCUGUAGUUAUACUGUAUUUAUACUCUAGUUCUACUGUAUUUCUGUAGUUAUACUGUAUUUAUACUCUAGUUCUACUGUAGUUCUACUGUACAUUUUUACUGUAGUUUAAAUGGGAUCUUUUUUUUCAAGAUCAUUUUUCAGAUAUAGAGUUUGUAUUUCUUAUUAAAGUGUCAAAAAACUAUUGUAUAGUUGCUCAGGGAAUGUUUAUACACUUUAUUCCAGUAUUUCUCUAGUGAUUUAUUUGUUGUUGUAACAUCUAGAUCCUGAAAACUUAUUUUUUCUUACAUCUUUAAUAAAGAUUUUCUCGUGUAAA